AUAACAGUAUAUUAUGUAAAAUUCACAAAAUAGUAAAGUAUUUGAGUUCCUUAACAUAAUUUAAUAAUCUAAUAACUAUAAGUACAUUCAUAAAUUAUUGAAUUUACUUGAGUAUAUAAUUGAUAAAUAUAUAAUUAAAAAAUGAAUGGUAUAGAUGAAUUUUAUAAAAAUGCCCUAGAUAUUGUGCAACAAGCUGGCAAGAUAUUGAAGCAUGGGUUUUAUAGUGCAAAAGACAUAUCAACCAAGUUAAAUGAAAACGAUUUUGUUACAGAAUAUGAUAAACUUAUUGAAAAAACCAUUAUUGAUAGCCUUCUUAAACUAUAUCCUAAUCAUAAAUUUAUUGCUGAGGAGAGUGCGGCUCAAAAUAUUUUGACAAAUGAACCUACAUGGAUACUUGAUCCAAUUGAUGGGACAACAAAUUUUAUAAAUAAAUUUCCAUUCUGUUGUAUUUCACUAGCAUUAGCUGUAGAAUAUGACCUUCAAAUUGGGAUAGUAUAUAAUCCAAUUUUAGAUCAAUUAUUCACUGCACAAAAAGGAAAAGGAGCAUUUAUGAAUAAUAACAAAAUACAUGUAAACAGUACUAAUGAUCUGAAAAAAGCUAUGGUUGGGUUUGAUAUAUAUUGUUCGGUAGAUGAACAAAUUAAGCAAUUUUUCUUAAAAAAAUGUGAAGAAAUAAUGAAAACUUGCAGAGGGAUUAGAUCUUUAGGUUCUGCAGCAAUGCAAUUAAGUUAUUUGGCAAUGGGAGCUAUAGAUGUUUGUCCAGAAAUGAGAUAUUUAAAAUGUUGGGAUGUUGUAGCUGGAAUUCUUUUAAUUCAAGAGGCUGGAGGUAUUGUAUUAGAUUCAGAAGGUAAAUUUAGGCAUAUAUACAAAAAUAUUAUGGAUGCAAAUAUUAUUCCUGCUUGUACAAGAAAAUUAGCUGAAGAUAUAAAAAAUUUAAAGUGAUUUUGAAAAAUUGAUAAAAAAGUAUUGUUUUAUACAUUUUAAGUCAUAUGUAAAUACUUAUAAAUAUGUAAUUAUAUAAACAUAUUUAUACAUAAAUACUCUAAAGACAUUAUUAAUUAUGUAAUAAAAGUUUAAAAUAUUA